UGACCCGGUCUCUUCUAAGAUUUCAGUUACAGUAGUAAUAAAGGCGAAGAUGUUGCCUUUAUCGCGAAGGUUGCCUUCAAUUUCAAAAGGAAUAAGUUGUGCAGCUUCUUCUAAAAGGUUAUACGCCUAUGCAGCUUCUCCGCUUAAUGAACCGUUGGAAGAUUUGCAGGCAGGAGCUGGAGAAGGUGCUGAUCUAACUCCCCAGAGUGUACAGGUUACUACUUUGGAAAAUGGCCUGAAAGUUGCUUCUCUGGAGACCCACUCACCUAAGAGUCGCCUAGGCUUAUUUAUUGAUGCUGCCAGUCGUCAUGAAACACCAAGCACUCUGGGUAUUACCCAUGCUCUACGUAAUGCUGCAUUUUUGGGUAAUGUGGACUAUUCAGGAUUUAGAAUUACAAGAGAGCUAGAACACAAUGGAGCAACUCUAGAGGCCACUUGUAACAGGGAGAACCUCGUUUACUCAGCAGACUGCCUUCGUAGCAAUAUCGGCUUGGUAGUUGACAACCUGGCCAACAUUGUGAAGAAACCGACCUUCUAUGGCUGGGAGGUUGACCAGGUGACUGAUCGUUUGAAAUUAGAUCUUGCAGUGAAAAAUGCCCAGCCACCAAUAAAUGUUGUGGAGGAGCUUCACAGAGUUGCAUUCAGGAAAACAUUGGGAAAUUCACUGUAUUGCUUGCCACACAGAACUGGAAAAUUUUCUUCUGAAUUGCUAAAAGAGUAUACUGAGCAGUGUUAUGUGGGGCAGCGCAUGACUCUUGUUGGAGUGGGGGUUGAUCACAGUCAGUUGGUUGACUGGGCCAAGUCAACUCUUUCUUUCCUUCCCAAAGGUGAACCAGCUACCAAAGAAGCUGCAAAGUAUCAUGGAGGAGAAGUUGUUCACUUCAGUGGUGGACCACUUGUCCAUGCUGUGCUAGCAACAGAAGGAGCCAGCUUAGGAAGCAAGGAUCUUCUUACAUUAUCAGUCUAUCAGAAAGUCCUUGGGGCAACACCUUACAUCAAGUGGGGAAGCAACUCAAUAUCAAACCGGCUUCUUAUGGCUGCAACUGAAUCCACAAGUGGAGCAGUAGCUGCAUCAGCUUUCAAUGCCAGCUACUCUGACAGUGGACUUUUUGGAUUUUAUGUGGUUGCAGAACCUUCAGAUGUAUCCAAGGUUAUGAAAUCAGUCAUUGGCCAGUUUUCCAAAGCAGCCAAGGGAGAGAUCUCUGAUCAAGAAGUUGCCAGAGCAAAGAAUCAGAUGAAAGCACAUAUUUUAAUGAACGGCGAAAGUCAGGAGACGCUGUUCGAAGACAUUGGCGCACAGAUAUCGACAAAAGGAAGUUACAGGACACCUCAAGAAGUUGCCGCUGCUGUUGACUCCAUCACAAAGACGGAUAUUCUAACGGUGGCGAAACGUGUAUUCUCUGGAAAACCAUCGCUGUCAGCCAUUGGUGAUGUUUCUGCAAUGCCCAGUUUGGAUGAACUGAUUUAACUUUGUGUUGACCGGCCCCUUUCAAUAAUUGUGUGUUGCUGUGCAGUGUUACAAUUGAUGCAGCCGGAGCCAUUGGUAGAGACUUAUUAUUUUUAACGGAACUGAUUGUUCAUGGCGCCAUUGGCUCUUUGUAAAGAAUAGAGGAAUGUUUAUCAAUAAACGCGUCGCCCUGGUCUUGGCGCUCUUACAAGAA